AUGGUUCGGGCUGAAGCAGCCAAACUGUUGGGUACAUUCGAGUUUGUAUCGGAUUGUUUCGUGGAUCAGACACUCGACAAGAAACUUUUGAAUGCGAUGCGGAUGUCAAAAGCAUGGCAGAGUGCCUCUCGAAAGCCACAACGAUGGACGAACGUAAGGCGAGAGCGUUAUGCGGCCUCAACGGAAUGGUCGACAGGGAAGAAGUUAGGCGAGGAUGUGCCUGCGGAGAAGAUUGAGGACGAACAGACCAGCAUCAUACCGACGGGUGCGUGUGGAGCGUUGAUUACGGCUUUGGAAGACGAGUUUAUGGUUGUUCGUCAAGCGGCAGUUUAUUCGCUGGGCAGACUGGCCGCAGAUCGAUCGUUCCUGGCUGCGGCGGCUAUUGAUAACCUC